UCGGAGUCCAUACAAAUGGAAAGCCCGCGACAUCGCGGUCGUGGGGCAGGAUUGCUCGUUCAUGCCCGAUAGUUUCAUGGGAGUGAACGUAAGCUCCUAUGGUGGGCGACUCUAUCUCAAGUCACUAUACAGGCAGUAUGCUGAGUGGGGCGUCGAUUUCAGUACACACGAUUUCCCUUCACACUGAUUCACAAACUAAAGCUAAGGCUUGUAAGUUCGUCUUGUUCAGCUGGUUUGGAAGAACUAACCGAUGCAUGGCAGUUAAGCACGACUGCGCUUUUGGUGAAAGGGACCUCCAUUUGGAAGAGCUCGUGGCUGUAUCUGAGGCUAUCCUUCAUACCGGUCGUCAGAUUGUUUACUCAAUUGCACCCGGCGAAAACGCAACGCCUGUCAUGGCUGCUGCGAUAGCCAACAUGACCAACUUGUAUCGUGUGUCAGCACAUAUUUGGGAUACAUGGGUGGAGUUGGAACCGGCCUUUAACAUCGCGAGGGAUUUUGCGGCUUCUGGCCUUGUUGGAGCGAGUGGUCUCGGUGGUGGUCGUUCGUGGCCAGACCUGGAUGUUCUUCCUUUUGGCUGGCUCACCGAUGGAGACACAGAUAAUGGACCUUAUCGGUCAUCAAGACUUACCGAUUCGGAAAUGAAAACACAGAUGACGCUGUGGGGCAUGGCAAGAUCUCCGUUGAUGUUUGGUGGAGAUAUGCGGCACCUAGACCAAACAACACUUGAUGUUCUUACGAAUCCCACUGUUCUUGAAAUUAACUCGAAUAGCUUUGGAAAUACAGAGAUAUUGCGAUUUGCAACUGACACAAUUAAAGUAGCUGAAUGUGGUGGCUCGAAUCAUACCAGAUGGAACACCUCACACAAUAGUUCUCAAAUAUGCUGGAGACGAAAGAACAACUCUGAAGGCUGCUACAAGUGGAUACCACACGCCAACAGGACGAACACCGGCCAUAACCUUGGUCGAGUUUUUGACACCAACAAGACAUGCCUUGAUGCCAAGGCGAGUCAUGGGAAAAAUCGAAGCGAGCACUUUUCACCUUGUCGCGACCAUCCUAGCCAGACAUGGAAGCUCACACCAUCCGGCGAUCUUGUGAACGAUCACCUGGGAAGAUGCGCGAUCAGUGUGAGCGAGGACGAUUUGACACGGAUAUGGGUUUCCUAUGGGCACUCAGGAGAGGUCUAUGUUGCCUUCUUCAAUGCUAGCCCGAAGAAGACCCAAAUGUCCAUCACGCUCGAGGAGCUCCUGGACGAGUUCUACACGUCCCUGGCGGUAGCGAACAGCAGCUCGGUGAUCUUCAACGCGCACAACAAAACGAGAUGGCGGUGCCUGGGCGAGGAAGUAUGGAGUGGCAAGAGGGUGGAAGAGACGCACUCCAUAUCUUUCAGGGUGGACGGCCAUGGAUGUGCGCUCUUUGUCCUCUCGUGCAACUACAACCUUCGCGGCAGGAAUAUGAAGACUCUGUCCAGGGUGCUCCUUGCGUCUUUUGUGGGGAUUGUUGUCAUCCUCACGCUUGUCAACCUUGUGAGGUAUUGCUGGUUGAGCCAGCACAAGCAUAGGAAAUAAGCAAAAAGUUUAAACAUUUUGCCAUAGAAGAAGGCACACACA